AUGAAAUUGAAUGAAUUCCUUACGCUAUUCCUUUUUUGGAUGGGUGUUGCUGUGCAUGCUACGCAGGUGAUGUAUCCCAGAGGUGAAGAAUAUGAUUUGAUAGAAGUUGAAGUACGGGAUUUUACCAAUGCUGUUGAAAAGUAUAUGACAGUGGAUAAAGUUUCCAAGAGAGAUUUGGAGUCAAUUGCUGGAUCUCUCAAUCAGAUGUUGACCAAGAAUAACAGAACAAGAUAUUUGGAUUACGCUUUGGACCUUGUUGAAGCUACUAAUAUCGUACCUUGGAGUGCUAUGUUUAUUAUAUCCCAUAACACCACUUUGAAAAUUGCCGAACUGAUUGUUAAGUUUAGUUUACCUUUAUUGCUCAGAGCAAACUUCACCAUGGUAUUCAAUGCGUUGGAUGAUUCCGGGUUGUUCUAUUCAAUUAUUGCUGGGACAUUGGAGGAUAGUAGGUUCUUCCCAUCGCUUAAACAAGUUGUUUCUAAAUUGCUUCUGGGAGGAAUCCUUAAAAGGGAAGACAUUUUAGAAGCUGCUGGUAAGGAUUCAACUCAACUUUAUGCUAGAGAUUUGCUUCCUCCUGUUUCCUCUCAUGAGUUACAACUUCAAGCUAGAGAACUUUCGGAGUUAACUGACUAUUAUAGCCCUGUUAAGCGUGACAACAUUGAAGAUUUAAUGACCACUAUUUUUGGGUCGGUUGCUAGGUCUGGAAUUGUUCCCAGUACAAUCAACAGUCUUUUAGCCAAUUCCAAGUUCCAAGACUUUGCUGUGACCUUAAUCAAGGCUUCAUUUAGUAAAAUAGGAAGUUUGGUGACUCAUUUGAACUUAUCAGCCGUAACUCCUAUCAUAUCUGCCUUGUUUGACUCUGGCUUACUUGUUCACACUCUUGAAAGAGCUUUGACCGAUACCAAGUUACACCAGGCAUUGAUCAAUGAUCUUGGUUCGUUGAUCAAGCGUGGAGAUCUUACCAUUGAAGAAUUAAUGGAUCCUAACUAUGUCAAGAGAGAAGAAACAGCUACUAUAUCUACUUUUGCAACUAUUGAAACCGUUGCAACUGUCGCAGCAACCGUUGAUGUUACCACUGAAACUGCUGUACCUUCAAUCUCUCUCUCUCUGGGCGGACACAAACCUUCUUCCGGCUGGCUCGGACGUGCAGUGCUCUUUUUGAGUCCAAUUAUGUUGAUAUAA